AUGGGCGGCCACAGUGGAACGAUUUGGUGCUUCGGGGAUUGCUUCCCCGCCUUUCGACGUUUCCUUCGCAAGAAACGUGAUGCUGAGCUUUGGGCAGGAUGUGGUCUCACACGUCGGGAAGUGGGACAGUAUGGCCGUCAAUUGGUUCUGCCGAAGUUGGGUCCCGAGGGCCAGCGGGAAAUCUCUGGAGGAAGCGUGCUGAUCGUGGGUGCUGGUGGACUGGGAUGCCCAGUCGCUAUGUAUCUUGCGGCUGCAGGCGUCGGACGCCUGGCGAUCGUGGAUGGUGAUCACGUCGAGGAGUCCAACCUUCACAGGCAGAUCGGGCAUCCCUGGCGAAAUGUUGACCGAAGCAAGGCGGUUUCUCUGGCCGAGACCUGCCGCGAGCGCAACCCGCACAUCUGUGUGGAGGCCCAUUUCAAGCGAAUAGUGGGCACGGAGGAGGCUGCUUUCCUCAUGCAAAGCUACGAUGUGAUCGUGGACUGCACAGAUGCCCCACGAAUCCGCUACUUGCUGAACGACGCUGCAGUCGCUGCAGGCAAGCCGCUAGUAGCGGCGUCCUCUGUCGCGCUCUACGGGCAGCUGGCCAUCUACAACUUCGAGGGCGGCCCCUGUCUCCGCUCCGUUUUUCCCCCACCGACCGCCGAAGCAGACUUGGCCCAAGUCGCCUCCUGCGAGGAGAGCGGAGUCCUCGGCCCUGUGGUGGGAGUCAUCGGGUCCAUGGCAGCACUGGAAGUCAUGAAGGUCCUUGCAAAGUCAUCGCCGCUUCAUGAGUCCUGUUUGAGGGGGAAGAUGCUGUGCUAUGAUGCCACGAACAUCUUGCAGCCGACCUACAUGGUGAAUUUGAGCAGACUGAAAGCCAACGAUGCCAGCCAGCGGACGCUGCCGCCCGAAGGCUGUUGCCCCUACAUGGCCGGUGAUGCCACGGAAAGCAUGUCUGCGUCCGAGCUUCGUGCCCGGCUUCUGGCCAAAAUUCCCACGCUCCUCCUGGACGUGAGGCAGCCCAGCCACUUUGCAGUUUGCCGGUUGCAGGGCGCCCACAACUGGCCACUGCGCAAGAUCAAGUUUUCGGACGACAAGGAGUGCUUGGAGAAGAUCUCCGAGCUCCUUCCGAAGCCGAGCGCGGACUGCGAGGUCGUCUGCGUCUGCCGUCGAGGCAACGACAGUCUGAAGGCGGUGCAUCUGCUGCGGGCUCUCGGGGUGCAGGCUUGGAACCUCCAGGGAGGCUUGCAGAAGUUGAUGGAAGCCUGCGAAUCGCCGGCCGAGACACUUCCCAAGUUGACCUGA